AUGGGGAUGGGAACGCUUGUUGGGGAGCCAGGCAACUCGACCUUUGGCGGAAAAGUGAUUGUGGAAAAGGUCGACUUGCGCGACCAAGCGAGAGGUUUCGAUGCCAUUUUUGGCACUUUUUGGAAGGUGAUGAAAAUGGUGCUUUGGCACGUUGUCGAGGGUGGUGAAAGGCGAUUGGCAAUCAUCACAUUUCGGCGCAAUUGCCAUUCAAUUUGGUCGUGA